UUGUAUGUGUUAUAUGAAACAAGUUUACAAUAUGAAUAUUAAAGUGUAAAUUAAGACAAAAUGGCAGAAUUUGGAAAGAAACUAAUCACUAGUAAAGAUGUACAGAAAUGGUGUAACGAUUGGGUAGAAUUGCAAAAAAAUUUUACAUAUACAGAUGAACCGCAAUGUAAGAGAAGACAUACAGAUGACGAUGAUAGUUAUAAUACUGAUUCCGAGUUUGAUUCCGUAUCUGAAUGUGGAACAAAAAGAAGAGUUGGUUUCCCGCUGAAACGUGAAAUUUAUCAUCUAUCAUGUGAAUGGACCAGUUGUAAAUAUGAAACCAAUCACGUCGAGAGAUUCGUAAAUCACGUGGCCACACACGUGUCAGAUUUAAAUACGCGGACCAAUGAGAAAGAAAUCAGUGUUUACAUAUGUCAAUGGACUGGCUGUUUGUAUGAGAGUGAUGAUCCCGAUGAGAUCUCUAGGCAUGUUAAUUAUCAUGCCUAUCAUACUAAAUUGAAAUGUAUCGGAUCAAAUGUUCGCACCAGGAUUAAAUUACCUAAAUGUCGUAGAGAUCCCGAAUGGAAAAAUGUUGUGGAUCUUCCAGCGCCACUUCUUUGCCGUUGGGAAGAAUGUCUGAAGCACUUCAGAAAUUAUCAGUUAUAUUUGUAUCAUGUGGCUGUUCACAUUGAGGAAGGCCCUAGAGGCAAUAAAAUUGAAGGAGGUGUAAAAUGUAAGUGGACAGGUUGUGGCAGCUUAUAUCCCAAUUUGUACAAAUUGAGGAAUCAUAUCAGGCAUCAUACAAAAGAAAAGAUCGUUGCUUGUCCUGAUUGUGGUGCUACCUUUGCUUCCAAUACAAAAUUCCAUAUACAUUGCAAACGGCAAAUUCCAAUUGAUGUUCAGGGAUUCCAGUGCUCUCAUUGUAAUAAGUUUUAUCCAACUGAAGGAAUUUUGAGAGAUCAUAUGCGAAUGCAUGUUUUCAAUUAUAAAUGCACUCUUUGUGAUAUGAGUUGUGACUCACCAGCCAAUUUAGCCAAACAUGUUAGAUAUCGGCAUGUCUCUACUAGGAGUUUUCCUUGUCAGCUCUGCAAUCAUGCUGCCAAAUCUCAACAGGAUCUAGAUACACAUAUGACAGUUCAUACAAAAGGACCUAACUUUUCGUGUCAUUUUGAAGGAUGCCAAUAUAAAUGCAAGGGCGCAUAUACUCUUGAUAGGCACAUCGAACGAGUUCACACAAUGCAGGUGCGAUGGUAUUGCUGUCAUGAAUGUCCAGUAAAAUAUAGGAAAAGCUAUAGACUAACGAGACAUUUAAUCGAGACGCAUCAAUUGCAAUUACCUAGUGGCCAUACACGAUUCCAAUACAGUCACGACGAAGAUGGAUGUUACAGAUUACAAAUGUUCAGAUAUGAAGCUGUUGAAGAAGAAACAAAUCCUUCUACUAACCACCUAAAAUUGCAAAAUAAAAAAUUUAAAAUCAAAUUAAAUAAAGAUGCCAGUGUGCCUCAAAUUCAGGUUUUCGAAGAUUUGGAUGAAAAUGAAGAGGAAAAUGAAGAUAACGAAGUGCAAGAAAUGUCGGGGGAGAAAAAUGACGAAGGAAAAUCUAUGCCAGUGAUAUCGAAUAUUCUGAUAACGAUCGAUGAAACAGAUGCCGAGGGAAAUAUAAUUAGAAGUAGAGUUGUGGAAGCGCAAGAAACUAUGGAAUUGCCACCCACCGAAGGAUCACCAUUAAUUUUAACAUAAAUUUAUUUCACAACUGAUCCGUACAAUUUUUUAUUAAAAUUCAACAGGAACAAAUUUUUAUAUAUUUAUUAUAGAUUGCUAAUGAUUUUUAUAUUUUUUUGUAUUUUAUAUUGUUUCUCUUUCAUAAUUAUUAUUAAUUGAUACUUUAUGUAUGUCCCAUAAAAAGUUUACAAAUUGAUCAAUUUGGAACGAAGUACUUAAUUUCUUUUGUACGAGACAUAUAAUUAGUUAAUUAUAUGCUAAUUUGUAGUUACAAAUAGAUAAUUUCAUUUUAAAUAAAUUUAUCAGAUAUGUUUUUUAUAAAUAAGUCUCUUAUAAACUAGGAAGAUAAUCGAAGAUCAAAACAAGCUUCGUCUUCUAUAUCUAAUGAAUCGGGUGUAUCUGUAGCCGCAAUUAAUUCACCAUCAAAAUAUAGUUUUACUUUUGAUUCCUCGACAUCAAAUUUUUGAGCACAUUUCUCUAAUAAAAUUUUGAAAUCGUCAUCUCGUUUAACAGAAACAGUUAGAUUUUUCUUGCCUGUUGUUUGUAUUUUUAUUGUACAAACGUUUUCAUUGUUCGUGUCUUUUCGAGGCAUAGUGUCUGUACUGUCCCUCUUAACGAUGCCUCCCUCUGUAAACAUUUUUUUCUAUCUUUAUUUGGAAAAGACGUUAAAUGAAACUAUAACUUUGUGCGAAGAAAAUCAAAGUGGCAAUGAAUAAUUUACCGAGUAUGUCUAUCACAGACAAAUUUAUGGAAGCUGGUGUAUCAGUUUGUUUAAUAGUUACAUCUUUUUUUGUUAUUAAAAUUUCAUCUAUAGAUACUUGUUCUAAAUUAGCAAAAUAUUCAAAAAUUUGUCGAAAGUUUUCAUUCUAAAACAAUGGAAAUAUUUUUAUUUUCGAAAUAAAGAGGUAAACAAUAAAAUUAAUAGUUUGUCAAAUACUUAAUUAAUGUGACAUAAUUGUAAUAAUUUCAUAGAUAUGACUAUGAAAUAUAUGUAAUUAUAUUUUGAUUACGUACUUUACAAAUAUUCAAACGAUGUAUGUCCUUUGAUCGCCAAAGGAUUUUAAUGUUUAUUUCAUAAUUCUCGGUCUCACUAGAAUGUGAAUUCUCUUGUGUACUGCUUUCGAGAACGAAUAAAUCAUUUUCAGGUGA